AUGUCAUCAACUUCUGCAAAAGCAACAUAUGCCGACGAAGUCGUGCGAGGAGGAUAUGCAAAGAUCUUCGAAGGCCAUACAGUCUUCCUCACCGGAGGUACUGGUUGCUUGGGAGGUUGUCUCCUAUACAAGCUAGCUUUGCAACUACCAACUCGCAAGAUUUUCGCUUUGGUCCGAGGGAACUCCCAGCAGGCUAUUAGAAAGUUGAGAGAAUCGAUGCCAAACCAUGCACAGGCUAUUUUAUCCACGGGGAAAGUCGAGUUUGUGAUUGGAGAUAUGAAAACGGUGAACUUUGGUAUUGAAACUGCUAUCCUCCGACAACUUCAAGAUCAAGUGACGCUGGUCAUUCAUGCAGCAGCCAAGAUCAAGCUCGAAGGUCCCAUUCGUGAUGCACUCGAAAGCAACUGCCUCCCUGCGUUGGAAAUGGCACGGAUUGCCUCGGAAUUCCGUCGCCUGAAACUCUUCAUCCAGAUCUCUACAUCAUACGUCAAUAGUCAUCUUCCCGAUGGCACAGUUUUAGAGCGAAUAUACCCCUUGGGAGGUGAAGAAGACCCAGAGGAAGAGCUGACAUCCAUCUUGACGCUUGGCACAUCACCGCACGACGGCAAAUUUUCGUCUACCUACACCCAAGCCAAGCAUCUGAUGGAACGUCUACUGCUUAGCCGCUUUCCUCGUCUUCCAAUUCAACUGCUAAGGCCGACAAUCUUCGGUCCUGCGUUUAGACACCCCUACCCACUAUACGGAUCGGAAGACUCCACACCUCUCACCAAGUUUACUAGGCUCUGGUUCUCCGAUCGGGGUAGCACACAAGUCUGGCAUGCCACGGAAGGCUAUAAAACAGGCACCAAUAUCCUGGACGAGAUCCCCGUUGACCUCGUAGCAAACGCGUGUCUAUUGCAUGCAGCAGCACGGACAACGGGCAUUGUCCAGGUCGGUUCCCAGCUCUAUCACUCGUUUACCUUCGACGAUGUCUUCCGAAUCGGCCUAGAAAAUUCGACGCCUGCAGCUCAACGAGAUUUCCCAAAGAUCGUCUUCACUGAAGAUCGCAGCACACCACAGUGCUUCCUUGCUGAGUUGAUUCGAGUAGGAACUCGUAACUGGUUGUUCGAUUGCGGACGAUCCUACUGGCUCAAGCAGGUGAGCGGGCCAUUGAGCAUGCAGGUGUGCAAGCAUGAGGCAGAUGCUCUAAACUUGAUACGGACUCACGAUGUCCUCGGGCAUAGAAAGGAGAAAGCUCGGAUAUGA